GCCCCGCGAUUGAUUGUCUGGCCUUAUCACGGACCCAGAACCAUCUGCCAAUUGAUACGGUCUUGCCCCAGCUUCAUCCCUGGUUCAUCGCCGAUAAGUGAUCUCACGUCCCUCGACUGCAUUCCCCGCCCUUGCGCCAUCUCGUUUCCCUGAAGUCUAUCGCCCCCCAUCUCAGGAGCUAUUAAUCUCCUGCAUCCGACUCACUGCGUCGGUCGUUCUUGUCUUUGCUACCAUCUUCUUCGUCUCGGGAAUAACGUGAAUCGUUGCAAUGGAAGGCAAUCUGCCCCAACAGCAGUGCCAUCCUGCUUCCACAGCCGUGGACAAGGAUGACCUGGUCAUCCCAAUCAUCGAUUUCGGGCCCUUCCUUAACGGUACCCCCGCCGAUAAGCAUGAGGUCGCCAUGUCCAUCGUAGACGCCUUCAAAUCAUCCGGCUUCCUCUAUCUCAAAGACCAUGGUGUUCCACCAUCUGUGGUUUCCCGCGUAUUCGGCUCCUCUGCCCGCUUCUUCAAUCGACCCCAGGAUCAAAAAGAUGGUCUGUGCUGGACUUCCCCACAGUCGAACCGUGGUUACGUCAAGACUGGGCAAGAGAAGCUAAGCAUGCCCGAUGACGUCGAGGGGGCUUCUCGAGCCACACCCGACCUGAAGGAGACCAUGGAGAUUGGUCGGGAAGGUGAAGACAAUCUUCCUAAUCGGUGGCCGGACCACCUUGAUGAUGAGGGGAAAGACUUCAAAGAGGUGAUGCUGUCGUUCUUCGACAUGUGCAAGUCUCUACAUAUGGAGGUCAUGCGGGCUAUUGCACUGGGGAUGAAUUUGCCCGAGCAUUUCUUCGAUGCAUACGUGGAUGCAGGUGAUAACAACCUUCGCUUGCUCCAUUACCCCUCCGUCCCCAAGGAUAUCUUCAAGCAAAAUUCGGGACAGGUCCGAGCCGGGGAACAUAGUGAUUAUGGUUCCAUCACACUGCUUUUCCAAGAUAGUCGUGGAGGACUGCAAGUUCGCAGCCCCAAGGGUACUUUCGUGGAUGCGACACCCAUUGCGGACACGGUGGUUGUGAAUGCUGGCGAUUUGCUGGCUCGAUGGUCCAACGAUAUAAUCAAAAGCACCCGACACCGGGUUGUCGAGCCACCGACGGCAGCCGGACAGGAAGAGAAUGAUUCCGAUGUCUACCCCGAUCGAUACAGCAUUGCGUACUUUUGCAACCCUAAUAGGAAUCAGUUUAUUGAAGCCAUUCCUGGGACUUAUGAGGAGGAAACCCAUCCUGCCAAGUACCCUGGUAUCACUGCGGGUGAUUAUUUGAUGCAACGGCUAGCGGCGACGAUAUAA